UCCUUUUAGCUCUAUUCUCCUCCCACUCUCUUUCCUUCUUAUUAGAUAUUUCAUCUUACUGCAGAGCAUAGAAUCAAUAGGAGCUUCUCCUUAGGGAGCUGCUUUGAAACAGGCAAGGACAGUAGGAAUUAAGACACUAACAUUCAGUCUUGCUUUAGCAGAAGAUACAGUGGUUUUGUACCAUAUUAUAUAAAAAUGUUUAACCAGAAAAGCUAGACUUAAAUCAACAGUGCUGUUUUACUGAUGCAUUAGAAUAAGAAGCAGUGCUGCAGAGCUGUAAACAGUGCAUGUGAAUAGAGAAAAUAAUUACAAUUUUGGUGAUUCUUAGACAUUCUACAGGACAAACCUGUUACAGUAUAUAUCAUCUAACUGCCAUUUUCUCAACGUUUUUUUUUUUUUUUUAAACCUCUGGUGGUUAAGAAUAUAAAGAAGAAACUUUAAUCUUCAGGAUACAAUGUUUGCUUUUGAUGCAGAAGAAUCACUGAAGUGCUUGUUCUACAGAAUGAAAUAAGUUGAAGAAAAGACAAAGCUAUAUUACAGAGAGGAAAGGUUUCACGGAAUCCAGGAACACAGAUUUGGUGCAUGUUGCCUGAUUUGCUUUGACUGAUACUGUAUUAACUGUUGUGCUACCACUCUGCAUGUCCGUGCCAGGUGCCUGAGGCCGCAUGUAUAUAUCUGUAUAUUCUGAGCCAGAGUCGUAAACAUCUUCAUUUACUGUGAUUUGCUUGUUAAAGUGAACGUUUUAAUUUAGAACAAUACUUUACUGAAAGCUCCUGAUUUUAGUUUUAAAAGGGGUUUGGAGAGGCUCCCUUUAUUUAAACACUGCAGUGGUGUAUGAUUUGUAAAAAGAAACUUAACAGAAUUUUAUCACCAUACUCAUCACUGUGGCUCUGGUUUGAAAAGGAAACUACCCUUUCCAGCCUAGGAAAUGGCUUUUCUUGUUCGCUGUUAUGCCAAUUGUCUUCAGCCAUGGGCCUCCAAACUUCCAGCUGAUCUUACCAAGAUGCAUCUCACAGACAACCCUCAUCCACAGGUGACUCAUGUGUCUUCUAGUCAGUCUGGUUGUAGCAUUGCCAGUGACUCUGGAAGCAGCAGUUUAUCUGAUAUCUAUCAGGCUACGGAGAGUGAGGUAGGAGAUGUAGAUUUGACACGUCUUCCAGAAGGACCUGUUGAUUCUGAGGAUGACGAAGAGGAAGAUGAAGAGAUUGAUCGAACAGAUCCAUUGCAGGGGCGAGAUCUUGUUCGAGAAUGUCUUGAAAAAGAGCCUGCAGACAAAACUGAUGAUGACAUUGAACAAUUGCUGGAGUUUAUGCACCAGCUCCCUGCUUUUGCAAACAUGACCAUGUCUGUAAGGAGAGAACUCUGCUCAGUGAUGAUUUUUGAAGUGGUAGAGCAGGCUGGAGCUAUUAUUCUUGAAGAUGGGCAAGAGCUUGACUCAUGGUAUGUUAUUUUAAACGGCACUGUGGAAAUCAGUCAUCCAGAUGGAAAAGUUGAAAAUUUGUUUAUGGGAAAUAGUUUUGGAAUUACUCCUACUCUGGAUAAGCAGUACAUGCAUGGAAUUGUCAGGACUAAAGUAGAUGAUUGCCAGUUUGUCUGCAUAGCCCAGCAAGAUUAUUGGAGAAUUUUAAACCAUGUGGAAAAAAAUACCCAUAAAGUUGAGGAAGAGGGAGAAAUUGUUAUGGUACAUGAGCAUCGGGAACUAGACCGGAGUGGAACCAGGAAAGGACACAUUGUAAUCAAAGCAACACCUGAGCGUCUCAUAAUGCAUUUAAUAGAAGAACAUUCUAUCGUGGAUCCAACUUAUAUAGAAGAUUUUCUAUUAACUUAUAGGACAUUUCUUGAAAGUCCUUUGGAUGUUGGGAUCAAACUUUUGGAAUGGUUCAAGAUUGACAGCUUAAGAGAUAAGGUGACACGGAUUGUAUUAUUAUGGGUAAAUAAUCAUUUUAAUGAUUUUGAAGGUGACCCUGCUAUGACUCGAUUUCUAGAGGAAUUUGAAAAAAAUCUGGAAGAUACAAAGAUGAAUGGUCAUCUCCGGUUAUUGAAUAUUGCCUGUGCUGCAAAGGCUAAGUGGAGACAGGUUGUGCUGCAAAAGGCUUCCCGCGAGUCCCCUCUGCAAUUCAGCCUUAAUGGAGGGAGUGAGAAGGGAUUUGGUAUUUUUGUUGAAGGAGUAGAACCUGGUAGCAAAGCUGCUGAUUCAGGACUGAAACGUGGUGAUCAGAUUGUGGAAGUAAACGGACAAAACUUUGAGAAUAUUACAUUUAUGAAAGCCCUUGAAAUUUUGAGGAAUAAUACUCAUCUUGCACUUACUGUGAAGACCAACAUUUUUGUGUUCAAAGAGUUACUUUUUAGGACUGAACAAGAGAAAUCUGGUGUUCCUCAUAUUCCCAAAAUUGCUGAAAAAAAAAGUAAUCGCCAUUCUAUCCAGCAUGUGCCAGGAGAUAUUGAACAGACAUCACAGGAGAAAGGAAGUAAGAAAGUUAAAGCAAAUACUGUUUCAGGUGGAAGAAACAAAAUCAGGAAGAUUUUGGAUAAAACACGAUUUAGUAUCUUGCCUCCAAAGCUAUUUAGUGAUGGAGGCCUAAGCCAAUCACAAGAUGACAGCAUUGUGGGAACAAGGCACUGUAGGCAUAGUCUGGCUAUAAUGCCCAUCCCUGGAACACUCUCAUCCAGCAGCCCUGAUCUCCUGCAGCCUACUACCAGUAUGUUGGAUUUUUCCAAUCCUUCAGCUGUUGGUUUUUAUUAUAUCCCUGAUCAAGUUAUAAGAGUUUUCAAAGUGGAUCAGCAAAGUUGCUACAUUAUCAUCAGUAAAGACACUACAGCUAAAGAAGUAGUUUGUCAUGCUGUUCAUGAAUUUGGUUUGACCGGUGCAUCCGACACAUAUUCUCUCUGUGAAGUUUCUGUUACCCCUGAGGGUGUCAUAAAACAGAGAAGACUUCCAGAUCAGUUCUCCAAAUUAGCUGAUAGAAUUCAACUCAAUGGAAGGUAUUACUUAAAAAAUAACAUGGAAACAGAAACCUUAUGUUCAGAUGAAGAUGCUCAAGAACUAGUUAAGGAAAGCCAGCUAUCCAUGCUGCAGCUCAGUACCAUUGAGGUGGCCACCCAGCUGUCAAUGAGGGACUUUGAUUUGUUUCGUAAUAUUGAGCCGACUGAGUACAUCGAUGACCUUUUUAAGUUAAAUUCCAAAACAGGAAAUACUCACUUGAAGAGGUUUGAGGACAUUGUAAACCAAGAGACAUUCUGGGUUGCCUCAGAAAUUUUAACUGAAGCAAAUCAGCUCAAACGAAUGAAGAUUAUUAAGCAUUUUAUUAAAAUUGCACUUCAUUGUCGAGAAUGUAAGAACUUCAAUUCCAUGUUUGCAAUAAUAAGUGGCUUGAACCUGGCAUCUGUAGCAAGACUCAGAGGUACUUGGGAAAAGUUACCAAGCAAAUACGAGAAACAUCUUCAAGAUCUACAAGACAUUUUUGAUCCGUCUAGAAACAUGGCAAAGUAUAGAAAUAUUCUUAGUAGUCAAAGUAUGCAGCCUCCAAUUAUUCCACUCUUCCCUGUUGUCAAGAAAGAUAUGACAUUUCUACAUGAAGGAAAUGACUCCAAAGUAGAUGGUUUAGUAAACUUUGAGAAGUUAAGAAUGAUUUCCAAGGAAAUCCGCCAAGUUGUUCGAAUGACUUCUGCUAACAUGGACCCAGCUAUGAUGUUUCGACAGAGGAAGAAGAGGUGGCGGAGUCUGGGGUCACUGAGUCAAGGAAGCACAAAUUCAAACAUGCUGGAUGUUCAGGGAGGUGCUCACAAAAAAAGGGCACGCCGCAGCUCUCUGCUUAAUGCCAAGAAGCUAUAUGAGGAUGCCCAAAUGGCAAGGAAGGUGAAGCAGUAUCUUUCCAGUCUGGAUGUAGAGACAGAUGAGGAGAAGUUCCAGAUGAUGUCAUUACAGUGGGAGCCUGCAUAUGGUACCUUGACCAAGAAUUUAAGUGAGAAAAGAUCAGCCAAAUCAUCUGAAAUGUCUCCAGUGCCUAUGAGGUCAGCUGGCCAAACAACUAAAGCCCACUUGCAUCAACCCCACAGAGUAAGCCAGGUGCUUCAGGUGCCAGCUGUUAAUUUGCACCCUAUCAGGAAGAAGGGACAAACAAAAGACCCUGCACUGAAUACAAGUUUACCUCAGAAAGUUUUAGGAACAACUGAAGAAAUAAGUGGUAAGAAGCAUACAGAAGACACUAUUUCUGUGGCAUCAUCUUUACAUUCUAGUCCUCCUGCAUCUCCUCAAGGUUCCCCUCACAAAGGUUACACACUUACUCCGUCAGCUAAAUCUGACAACUUGUCUGACUCCAGCCAUAGUGAGAUUUCUUCACGGUCCAGCAUCGUGAGCAAUUGUUCUGUUGACUCCAUGUCAGCAGUUCCACAGGAUGAGCGGUGUUCCUCUCAGGCCCUGGCAGUCCCUGAAUCCACUGGGGCAUUGGAAAAGACAGAGCACCCCUCAGGGAUAGGAGAUCAUAGUCAACAUGGCCCUGGGUGGACACUCUUGAAGCCAUCUCUAAUCAAAUGUUUAGCUGUCUCAUCGUCUGUGAGCAAUGAAGAGAUUUCUCAUGAGCAUAUCAUUAUAGAAGCAGCUGACAGUGGUCGUGGAAGUUGGACUUCGUGUUCAAGCAGCUCCCAUGACAACUUCCAAAGCCUUCCAAACCCAAAAAGCUGGGAUUUUUUGAACUCUUACAGACAUACCCAUUUGGAUGACCCCAUUGCUGAAGUUGAACCCACUGACUCUGAGCCCUAUUCGUGUCCUAAAAGCUGCUCUAGAACUUGUGGGCAGUGUAAAGGAAACCUAGAGAGAAAGAGUUGGGCCUCCUCCAGUUCUCUGUCUGACUUGUAUGAACCAAACUAUGGGACAGUUAAACGGAGAGUAUUGGAGAGCACCCCAGCUGAGUCAUCUGAAGGCUUGGACCCCAAGGAUGCCACUGACCCAGUUUAUAAAACUGUCACUUCAAGUACAGAAAAGGGCUUGAUUGUGUACUGUGUCACCUCACCCAAGAAGGACGAUAGGUAUAGGGAGCCACCUCCCACUCCUCCAGGAUAUUUGGGGAUUUCUUUAGCGGACCUAAAGGAAGGACCCUACCCACACAUAAAACCUCCAGAUUAUAGUGUGGCAGUGCAGAGGUCAAAGAUGAUGCAUAACAGCCUCUCUAGACUGCCACCAGCUUCUCUCAGUAGCAACCUCCUGACCUGUGUUCCAUCGAAGAUUGUAACUCAGCCUCAGAGGCAUAAUUUGCAGCCAUUCCAUCCUAAACUAGCAGAUGUGACUGAUGCAGAUAGCGAAGCAGAUGAAAAUGAACAAGUUUCAGCAGUCUAGCCUUUGGAUGACCUAUUUGAAAACCACUGAAAAUCUUGGAGGAAUGGGCAGAACCACGUCAUGAUUCUGCAGGCCAUUGCUAACAAACAGCUCAUUGCUACAACCAGUCCAGAGGUUUUAUUCUCUCUACUCCGAGCAAUGAAAUAGACCUGAGUUAUGCUUCCUUUCAUUUAAUUUCUGCAGAUGAAUAGUUUCCUGAGCAAUGGAUGCUAUGCCUGGAUACCAGUCUCCACUCUGCACGCCAGAACUGCCUUGGGACCACAGUUACAGAAAAAAUUUAAACUCAGAGUGAUCCUUGUGUAUAUUGCUAUAGAUUUUUCUUUAACAAGCUAUUUUAAAGAUAAUGGCAUUAUUAUUUCCAAGCCUUAUAGCUUGGGCUGAAGGACAAAUUGAAAGUGUCUGCCAAUACCAAGGAUAUUCUUGUAUAUUUGAAAAAUAACUUAUUAUUUGAAUUGUGGUUUUGUUUGUAUUUGAGAGCUCUCGUUAGCUGAUGUUCAUGUUUGAGGUCAUAAAAUUGUCCCUGGUCUGACCAAACAGAAGUCAUCUUUACAGAGGUGAUAUGCUUGAUCUACACAGAGAUGUGACUUGAUCCUUAGUACCAAUGCAAUGUAGGUCUCAGUUUGAGAGAAAUAGGAAGCCCUUUGCAGUUGAGGUGUUAGGAACCUGCUGGUCAUGGUGUGGAAGGCCAAAUGAAGCUGCCACAGGGUUUCUUGUCAGUCCUUUGGGAAAUGGGAGGGAGUAGUUUGGGGAGGAGGGUGGGAACCCUAAUUUCCAAAGAAUGAAAUUUUGAUGUUAAAUGACAUGUAUACAAAUUCUUUCUUAAGUGAAAGUUAUGCUGCAUUGAAUUGUAACUAAAAGUAUAGAUCCAACAAACGGAGACUGGGUUCUAGAGAGUUCUGGUCUAUAGAAACCCAAAACUAAAAUCUCUCAUAACUCAAGUAUGGAAUACUUUUUUUAAAGAAAUUCUUAUCAUGGGUGAUGUAAUAAUGAAGAUGAAUUUGACUUUAUGCAGUGUUCUGCAGCAUGCCACCCCCACAUCUCAUAGCACCAGGUUGUGUCUGACCUGACAUACCCUGCAGCUCUCAGCUGCUUGCAGUAACAUUUUGUGGGAGAAAGAGGAGCUGGAGUUAUAGAAAUGAUUGUCUCUUGGUUCUCAGUUUUUAGCCCUUGAGAGGACAUACUUUUCCAGCCUCAUGGGUAUGGCACUCUUAAUUAAAAUUUCAGUGACUGUUUACUGGAUGAGGCAGAUUUUUCACAUUUUUGCAAAUUAAAUAUAUUUUAUAUAUAUUAAGUUUAAUUUUUUCAAUUUUUUAAAUGUAAAAGCAAGUGGAAUUUUAAUAAACUUCUGUAAUUACCAAAAAAAAAAAAAAAAGCCAAAGCCAUUAACAUGCACUACCCAGAUCAACUUGGAGUCAAAAUGGGUUUACUUCUGAAUGGCUGUCCGUAUGUGUCCACAUAGGAUUUAGUUGGUUUGUGGCCUCCUUUACAGAAAUGUGUUGUCUUUCCCUAGCUGUCUCCGCCAUCUGUCUUCCUGCCUAUCCCCCUUCAUUUUAAAAUCACGGAUCAGUUUUAAGUGGUAAAUGGUAGUAGUUCAUCUUUCCCAUCAACAUGUUUGUCUCUUUAUUUUAGGAAUAAUAGCAUGUCAAAAAUUCCUGUGGUAAAGAAACAUUAAUCUGAAACUUAAGCCUUAGAAAUUAAUCGCAGGUAGGAUAGAAUGAGGCUUGGUGGUUCCAUACCUUUCUUGGUCCUUUGAAAUGGUAAAUAACCUGAACCAAAAAUCUCAGUUUGAAAGUUACACUUCAGUGAUUUGGCCUAUAAACAGUGGUCCUAUGAUUAUACAUUUUUUCCUUCACUUAUUUGCAUAAUUUUGUUUUCAUGGCCACAGCAAAACAAUGUGAAAUGUAUUUUUGCUAUACCCACUUUUUUAUCAAGUUCAGAUGUCUACUCUCACCAUUUUAUAUUCAUUUCUCCAGAAAAAUGUGAUGUUUUCAUAAUGUCUUUAUUUAGCAGGUCUUUCAAACCAAAUGGAAGCCUUACCUGUCUUUGUCCUUAAUAGUGUAAAUAUCUUGCACAGUGUUGAGGCCUAUGGUUUUGGACUUGCACCUUACAGCUGCCUUUGUUUUAUCUAUCUAGCUUUAACUGUGAGUGUUCAGAUCAGCUGACAUUGAUCAGGAGCCAAAGCCAAAUGCUUUGUAGUUUGUUAUGUAUGUAUCCCUUAAAAAAUCAUGAGGUUUUGAUUUUUAUAUUUUAACUAAGGGUACAUUCCUGCCUUCUCUUAGUUUGUCAUAUGACUAGAACAAGAGAAGUCUUAACCUGUAUUUACUCCAAUUCCAGAUCUGCAUUUGUUUUUGUUUUAUAAAUUUAUAAUUUUAAUGAAGAGACUAGUGCCCUCUCUUCCUGCCACAACUCUCAAUCUGCCAAGACUGUUGAAGCAGUUAACCCUCAGUGCAAACUUUUGCCAAAUAGUAAGUUUCAACAAAAUAUCUCUAUAGUGAAAGAUUUUGAGAAUUAGUAAAUCCAGUACAUGAUUCCAUAAAAGCUUAUUAAAGUUAAUAAUUGUAAUUUACUCCAAAUGAUUACUUUCAAUAUGAUCUUCAGGGAGAAAAAGCCUUUAGUGAAUUUUCUUGAGGGUGAUAAAUCACGUCAUUGCGAUCUACAUCACCUCCUUGAGAAUCUCUCCCAGGCUGAAAAUGUGAUGGUAAUCAUGGGUGUUUUUAAGAACAAAUCUAAUUUUUAUCAAGUGUUCUUUCCUCUACAAAAAAGGGAGGAGGAGAAAAAGCUUCCUUAAAACUGAUUAUUUUGAUUCAAUUUUAAGUUUCUAAAAAAGGUGAUGUUAAAGUAUAUGUAUUCCUUCAGCAUUACCUUAAAGGCUAGAAAAACGGCAUAAAUCUUCAGAAAAGUGUCACAGUACAUGUUCAAAUUUAAACUUGAAUCCUGGUUCAUCUUUGGCUUUUGUUGUACAUUUUUAAUACUUCUUUAUUUUUGAUACGCAGAAUGCAGUUGAACUUGAUCUUUUAAAACUGAGACGUGUGAGCUAAUCAGCAAAAGACAAAAACAAAACUGCACAUCUGUAAUAAUCAGAUAGCAAUUCUACUGCACAAUUCAUUGAUUGUAAGGUAUCCUGUAACAAGCAAUGUUUGUCUCCUGUUUUUUGAUACCUCUUAAACUUAUGUCUUUUAGAAAGACAGUGCCUCUGUAUGCUUUUUUGUAUUUUUACUGAGUGUAAAUAUUUGUUAUAUUUUUGGUUAAGAGAAUGUAAAAAUACCAUUUAUUAUUAUCAUAUCUACUAAUACAUGGGUGGAAUCAAUAAAGAAUCUACAUUAA